GACCGUUCGAUGCCGCCAGCGAUGAGCGACAAACGAUAGGCCGGGCGAUUGUCGAACCCAGCUCGGCCUAUCGAUUGGCUGAACCGCCGUGGGGAUGAGAGCGGCCUCGAACCAUGCCCAAGAACUUCUACAAGGUGCUGGGCCUUCGUCCCGCAGCCAGUGAGCUCGAGAUCCGCAGGGCCUACCUCAGGCUGGCGCUGCGCUACCAUCCGGACGGCAACCAGGACUGCCACCCGAGGCGCUUCGCGCAGCUGGCCGAGGCCUUCGAGGUGCUGUCGGACAGGCGGAAGCGCAGCCGGUACGACGCCCUGGGCGAGGAGGGUCUCCGCCGGGCGGGCCACCAGUUCCACGGUGAUCCGCACGCCACCUACGCUCGGUUCGUGCGCUCCAGAGGUGUGUCCAUCGAGUCCUCCGCGUCCUACGAGUCCUCCGAGAGCACGGUCCAGGUCCCGACCGACGACUUCGCAUCGGUCUCGGGGAGGAGCCGGCUUCCCAAGAACAGGACCAUAGAGCACGUGCUUCUGAUCACUCUGGAGGACAUUGCCAUGGGGGCCAUCCUGAGCCUGAAGAUCUUGCAGCGCAGGAUGUCCGCCAGCGGGCUGAUGACUCGACAGGUCAAAAAGCUCAACGUUGACAUCCGCCCGGGGUGGAAGGCAGGCACCCGGAUCACCUUCCCCGACGAGGGCGACGAGGAGCCCGACCGGCGGCCCGGCGACGUGGUGUUCGUGCUGCGGGAGAAGCCACACCCCAUCUUCCGCCGCCAGGGCUGCGACCUGCGAUACACGGCCCGCAUCACGCUGAAGCAGGCGCUGAGUGGUGCCCACUUGCAAGUGCCAACGCUGCUGGGCGAGCCACUGCUGCUCUGCACCAAGGGUGAGGUCAUCACCCCCGAGUCCACGCGCCGCUUCCCGGACCAGGGACUGCCCCAUGAAGUCAACAGUUCGCGCCGCGGCGACCUCGUCGUCGCUUUCUCCAUCGAGUUCCCCAAAAAAGUGUCACAGACGUUGAUAUCCUCGCUCUAGUUGAAAUAGGUGUGUAGAGGCAUUAAAGCAAUCCACCAAAGAGACGGCUGGGUACAGUAAA